AAACCCAUAUUCAGCAGGAGAAAAGAAACCAGUCUAUUUAAAGAGGCAGAAAAUAGAGAACAGAAGCUUUUAAUAUAGGAUUCCGAAGAAAGGAGAGCUUUAGAACCUUGGAAGAGGUAGAGAUGCAGACUCCAAUGCAGACAUGGGAGCAGCAACAGCAGCACAUUCUGCGUAACAAGAACUCCAGCCGCAGCUUCAGAGACAGCCCGAGGAAGGAAGAGAAAGAAGAGGAUGAGACAUCAAGGUCGGCCGUCUCUGCAUUCCGAGCAAAAGAAGAACAGAUUGAGAGGAAGAAAGUGGAGGUUAGAGACAAGGUGUUUGCUCAACUGGGCAGGGUGGAAGAAGAAACUAAGCGCUUAGCAGAGAUCCGGGAAGAACUUGAAGAAAUGGGAGAUCCGACAAGGAAGGAAGUUGCAGCUAUACGCAAAAAAAUUGAUGCAGUCAACCGUGAACUAAAGCCUCUUGGACAAAGCUGUCUGAGAAAGGAAAAGGAGUACAAAGAAGCUCUUGAGGCAUUCAAUGAGAAGAACAAGGAGAAGGCUCAACUAAUCAAUAAGCUAAUGGAGCUGGUCAGCGAGAGCGAACGACUAAGGAUGAAAAAGCUGGAGGAGUUGAGCAAAACAAUUGACUCUCUUCGCUAAGCCAAUCUGCUGGUGUUACCAAGGAGUUAGACCUGUGUGAUUCUUAUUUCAGUUUACUGUAGAUUCCUGUGUAGUUUCUGAUUGGGACAUGAAAUGAUUGUUUUGUUUUGUUA